AUGGCAGCAGGGUACAAAAUGGUCCGUUCGGAUGAGAAGUCAUCGCGUUUGAGCCACGAGGAAGUGAGCACAGUUCGAAGCAAAUUCGAAGUCUCUCUUCGUGAACAACUUAAGGCCAGAGGAGGGGCGAUCGGUCCCAUUGGCAACAGUGAGUCCCCACCCCAUGACUAUAGGUCAGGGUGGGUCGGAGCCGAUGGAGCAGUCGCAAGCUGCACAGGCGAACUUCGCUCACUACAAUUUCAGACUAGUCAAGCCGUAACCAUCCGACAAGGGCCUCCAUCAACGGAAGGAUCACGCUUCCCUGAGAGCGAUAAAGUAGAAACUGGUGGAUCUGAUGAACGGAACGCGGAUUUUGCUUCAGGUAGUGCGGACUUUGUACGACACGAACAGCGAGCGUACUUGCAGACGCUAAACGUAAGGCAUCGCCUUCUCUCUCUCAGUCGUGAGAAAAAUUUCGCUGGGUUGAGUCAAGCUUUGGCGGAUGUCGGGCUCUCAUUAUCAGAUUCACCGCCUUCUCCUGGAAUUGUAAAUGACCAACAAAGGCAUUGUAUCGACUCAGAGAAGCAACGAGUAUUCUCUACCUUUCUGCGGAAAACAAGGAUGCAACUGCCCGAAUUCGUUCGUCUUCUCCGUGGCGAGAAUGCGUAUGACUCACGUCCCAAUAAAGCUCUUGAAAUACCGCCAUUAACGCCAGAGUGGAAGUCGUAUCGAUAUCGACGGGAGUGGGAAGACAUCGUUCAGCAUGGAGUGCGGCCCAAGUGGAAGACUACGUUUCAAGUGCAGACCAAGCCGCCCAAAAACCACACCUCUGCUCGAUUGGCAUUAAAUUCUCUGGUCAAACAAAUUCGGAAAGGACAAGAUGCGGGCCAGUACUUAGUGCUUGACGUGGAUCUGCUGUCGAUGCUGGAAAACAUUACGUGUAGCCCGUUCGGAGCAGUGCAAAAAGGAACGACGCCGCUGUCGGAAGACGCUCGGGUGAUACAUGAUCUUUCCUAUCACGAAGGAAGUUCUGUUAACGAUAACACAGACCUCGACAGCUCGGUUGUUGUAGUCUACGAUGGUCCUGACAAGUUAGCUACACGGAUCUUGGAGGUGGAGAAAGAAUUCCCUGGAAUCACCAAGUUGAUGUCGGGCGACGUAGCAGGGGCCUUCAGGCAUAUUGCUAUCCAUGCUGGUUAUGUGGGUCGUUUUGCGGGCACUAUUCCCGAAUUGGGCAUUCUGGUUGUGGAUUUGUGUUGUCCGUUCGGCUGGACACUCUCACCGCAGCACUAUUGGACAGCAGGCGCAGCUAUAAGUCAUUUGUACUCUUCUUCUUCUCCAAAAUGGCUGUAUCAGCCACCCGAAGGCUCUCAUAAUUUUGACGCCAAGACAUGGUGCGACGACCAUAAUCUGAUCGAACCGGACAUCGGCUCCAGACUAGCUGAGGCGGAGCUCGCCCUUCGGCGUUCUAUGACUACAAUCCUCGGCCCAGAAGCUGUAAAUGAAGACAAGUUUACUCAGUGGGAUACGAAGGGCAAAAUGCUUGGCCUAUUGUGGAAUAUUCCCUGUUCGUUACUGUCGAUGCCUUCGGAAAAGAUUACUAAGGCGUUGACCCGCAUCGACGACAUGUUGGAUCAGAAAAAUACAACGCGGCAGUGUAUUCAGAAGCUCUUAGGGAGCCUCCGCCAUGUAGCUACCUGCAUUCCAUCCGCCAGACCCUUCUUUCAGCAGUUAUCAUCUCUGACCUGGGGCCAUCGCCGAUACUCAGCAAUUCCGGUCACCUCAGCAGCUCGGGAUGAUCUCUAUUGGUUUCGGUCGAUUUUGCUCCACGCGGAAUUUAAUGCCGUGCCGUUAUCGCGAUUCUCUGGUUCUCAACCGGUCGACUAA